AUGUCGGUGUUUGGUCGGUUUAUCCAAGAAGUACCAGCUAGGAUCGGACACAAUGCUGCCCUUGAUGCGGCAGUGACAGUACUGGUGAAUGUCCAUACUUCGCUGGUAUAUAAGAAGACUGCAGACGAGAUCGUUUCGCCAGAGCUUUAUAUCCGGGCUAUCAAAACGCUCCAGGGAUGCCUCGAAAGCCAGCAAUUGGGCAUGUCGCCCAAUACUCUCUGCGCAUCGAUACUUCUUGGUCUUGUAGAAGCUUUCGCAGGUCCAAGAACAGGCAACCGAUACUUGACGCACGUGGGCGGCGCCGGUCGAUUAAUGGAAUUACAAGGGCCUUCUAGAUACACGGACAGUUUCACGAAAGAGAUGCUGCGCUUCAAUAGAGGCGGGAUAAUUAUCACAUGCAUAUACGAACGAAAGCCAUGCUUUCUGGCAUCGCCUGAAUGGCGAGAUAUCGCUUUCGACAAGACCGGACUCGGUUUCGAUGACUGCCUCAACACAGACUUGAUGCAAUAUAUGGCCGAGUUGCCCGGUAUCUUCAAUACACUGAAAGAGUUGGACGAAACCUGCGUCCUGCAACCGCCCCACACUACGAGCUUUGAGUUCAGCUCCAACGGCGAACUGUAUAAACCGUUGAUCGACACGCCCCCAUCACUCGACUUCUCCACCGACUCAUUCGACGAUAUCGACUUUCUAGAAGACAUACGACCGGUCAAAACAUCAAAUCCAAUCAGAGCAAACCCAUACACAUCUCAGUACGAAUCUGUACGGACAGCACUUCUAUACAAAGUGUAUGAGCUCAAAAACGCACUCCGAAAUCUAGGCGAACACAUGAACACAAAGCUCACAAACGGCAUCGCCGUCUCCGAGACACCGGCUAGAGAAAAAAGCAAUCCCAUACAAACGACCUACCACUUCAACAACUGGCGCGACAUGACCGCCUACAACUGCUUCUGGUCCGUUAUCAUCUUAACGAACAAAGUUUUAAUGCGCCUUCUCCCACCCUUCGACCAUGCGCGCUAUCGACUCCAAUCCGAAUGCCGCUGCGCCGCCGUCGAGAUCUGCAAAACUUGGGAGGACGCAUGGGCCAGCAGACCGAUCGGCGCGUUCCACACUGGCUUGAGCUUUGUCGUUGCAUAUGAGUUUUGCACACCGGAAAUCCAGGCGUGGAUAGUGAGGAGCUUAAAUUCCCUUCUGGAUUACCAUCAGGUCGACGCAUUUCGUUGGUCUGACGAGGUCAUUGUUAGUAUGGCUGAGAAACUUGCUGGCGAGGGGCCAGCGGUUGCAUUCUCGAAUGUUAGGGUUGAGGGAGAGGGGCGGUGA